AUGGCGGGACAGGAGAGUUUUGCAGGUUUUGGCGUAGCUCCACAAAAUCAUUAUUACUGGUACUGGCAAAGGGGGAAGCCAGUGCUCCAGCCCUGCCAGGCUUACCACUCAGGCAACUGGUUUGAGCAACAGCACAGCGGUUACUCCCUUUCUGUCUAUAGCUGUGGCUGCGCAGCACAAGGAAAUGGACUUGACCUUUCUGUGCGGGAGACCUCUGGACCCCCAGCUGGAACUCUGGUCACGCCUAAGGAAAGCACAGCACUGGCUGAGAAGCAAGAUGAAGAGCCACUGGAAGAUCCAAACUUUCAUGUGAAUAUUGAGGAAUUAAACAAGGAGUUUAUGGUGAAAAGUGAGGAGCUCUACGACUCUCUCAUGAGUUGCCACUGGCAACCUUUGGAUACAGUUCACUCCGAAAUCCCACAUGAGCCCCCAGAGAAGCAUGAUGGUCACUAAGCUUACCCCACUAUUCUAUUGAUUGCCUCCUGUUGU